GAAAAAGUUUUCUAUGUGUGUGAAGUUCAAGUUGGGGUCAGUCGAAGUUCCUGCCCUGGAUUUUACCUUGUAGUUUAAUAUAGCUACACAUCACAUGGGGCGCUAACAGCCUCGGCUCACAUAGAGAGCCCUUUCUCUCCCCAACAUUGCCUGAGCUCACCAAAAUAGCAGAGGAAAUUGCUAAAAUAAAAAGCAGAGGAAACUGAUGCUGGGCCCAGCACGUAUUAAACAGAGGAAGAGCCUGGGCCCUUUUUUUGGCAAUUAAUAAAAAAUAAAAAAAAAGAGAGAGAGAGAGAGAGAGAGGGGGCUGGCAGAAGAUCCAUGCAGAGUUGGCACACUGGAUGGGAGGUUGGCAGCUGGAAGCAGAGCUCAAUGUGAGAGGCUGGGGAUGGUCACUCAUACAGACAUCAGCUGCUUGGACACCACUGGGUACCCAGGUGGACAACUGAACACGAUGCUGGAUGCUAUGGAGGUACCAAGUCAUUCAAGACAACUCCUUCUUCAACUCAACAGCCAGAGGACUAAAGGCUUCCUCUGUGAUGUGAUCAUUGUGGUACAAAAUGCCCUCUUCAGGGCUCACAAGAACAUUUUAGCUGCUAGUAGUGUCUACUUGAAGUCACUGGUUGUUCAUGAUAACUUGAUCAACUUGGACCAUGAGAUGGUCAGUCCCAGCAUCUUCAGGAUAAUACUAGACUUCAUCUACACAGGAAGACUUGGAGACGGGGAGCCAACAAGUGAGCAACUGUUUGGGGCUGUGUUGGCUGCUGCCAGCUAUCUUCAGAUCUCAGACUUGGUUUCUCUGUGUAAGAAGAAGCUCAAGAGGAAUGGCAAAUAUUGCCAUGUAAGGACCACAGGCUACUCUCCUUAUGGAAGCCUGGCCAGAGGGCUGAGAGCUGCCACUCCAGUUAUUCAGUCCUGUUUCACCUCUACUCCAAGACCUGUAGACCUACCACCAGUGGAGCCAGUGAACCCUAUAAACACUCACUGUGGGGAGCUAUAUGCCUCUGUAUCUCAGGCCAAUCAGCUGCAUCAGCAUGGACUUUGCCCACCUGAAAGGCACUGCUCCCCUUUAUGUGGCCUUGACCUCUCCAAAAAAAGUCCAAACAGACCUUCUGCCCAACACCACUCAGAUGGACUCAGUGCAAGUGACAGCAGGGAGCCUACCAUAUCUGGGAGACCUGACAGCCCACCAGUAAGUGCCAGUGUUCUCACCAACCACAGCUCCUAUAAAGACCAGACCCAUCCUUACCAGAAGCUGGACAGUAGUGACCAACCAGCAUCACACCCUGAGCCCUUCAGAACCAGUGUCACCCAAGACACCCCCAGCAGGACUGACACCCAGGAGCUGAUGUUCCGCUGGAUGAAACAUGAGCCUCUGGGAAGCUAUGUGGAUGAGAGUGACAGAGAGAAAGACCUAGAAAGGGAUGAUAAGGGAGAUAACUCCCCCUUAUCCCAUCAGCCCAGGUACCCCAGCAUUGAAAGCAAUGAGCCAGAUGAUGACAAAAGCACAAGUGAGGAGACUGGAAGCAGUGGAGACCCCUCCCCUUCAGCCAACAUGGAGAGAUACCACUGUAACCAUCUAGGCUAUGAGCCUGAGAGCUUUGGAGACAACCUGUAUGUCUGUAUCCCCUGUGGCAAAGGGUUUCCCAGCUCAGAGCAACUCAAUGCUCAUGUGGAAGCUCACAAUGAAGAGGACCUGUACCACAAAGAGAGCAUGGACCCACCUGUGCCAUUCUUGGACAAGUCCAGCCAGGGCUUGGGGGACAUCAUCAGACCUUACCGCUGCUCCUCUUGUGACAAGUCCUACAAGGACCCAGCCACUCUGAGACAACAUGAGAAGACUCACUGGCUCACUCGUCCUUACCCCUGUAGCAUUUGUGGUAAGAAGUUCACCCAGAGAGGGACUAUGACUAGACACAUGAGGAGCCACCUUGGACUGAAGCCAUUUGCCUGUGAUGCUUGUGGUAUGCGCUUCACUCGCCAGUACCGCUUAACUGAGCACAUGAGGAUCCACUCAGGGGAGAAACCAUAUGAGUGUCAGGUGUGUGGGGGCAAGUUUGCCCAGCAGAGGAACCUCAUCAGCCACAUGAAGAUGCACACCACUGGACCAGAUGGGAAACCCAAGCUGGACUUCUCUGACAGCGUCUAUGCCAUGGCCAAGUUCACUGCAGAUCAUCUUGGCUUAAAACAAGAGAAAGCAGCAGAAAUUCUAUCCCAGACCUCACAUUUCCUCAAUGAUCCUAAAACCAUAGAAAGCCUAUACCCUCUGGCCAAAUUUACAGCAGAGCACUUAGGACUGAGCCAGGAGAAAGCUGUGGAAGUCCUCAGCCAGAGUCAACAUCUGGCCAACGACAGCAGAAUCAUAGAGAGGUUCUCAUCGCCUUAAUGUAUUCCUCACCUUGAGUGUGAACACUUUGGUUGCACAAUGAUCCAUCAAGUAAAAAAUGAUAAGACGCCUAUGUGAACCUACAAACCAAUUAUCAAACAUUACCAAAGAGCUCGCUCUACAGAACUUUUCCUUGGCUGUAGAGAAGCUUGAACCAUGCAAGAGCCAAAGACCUUUUUAGUGGCAGCUUUAAUCUGUGAUACCUGUGUGACAAUGAGGAGAAGCGCACUUUGGUAAUGCACUUUCUGAGGGACUUGUGCAAGCGUUCUACUUCACUAUCCCCACAGGAGAGAAGUGAGUCCAUGUAUCCCUUCAGUAUGUACCCAACCUCACCACUGCUUCAAGGUAUUGGAGAGAGUUGCUGCUUUAACUGUGCCAAAAAUAUGGCUGGACAUUUAUUUUGAUACCUUAAUAUUUUUUCAUGUUAUGUGUUGUGUGAGGGGACUGUCAGAGACACAGAAAUCAGUAUUUACCAAAUAUAAUAACUAUGCAAUAUUAAGGGUUCUGAAAGGUUUUUUUUUUUCUUUUUCUUCAUUUGGGAUUACCCCUUUGAGUCCGUGCCCAACAUACAAUAUCCAUAUUUAAUAUCUAGUGGCAAAGUGUAUGAUCAAUAUCCAAUACAACAGAUGUUUACUGCAAACCAAGAUCUAGUCCUUGCACAGCUAUCUGUCUUUCUCCUCUCAAUGAUAACUUUGAAGACUUCAAGUGACACAUUUCACAAUAAAAGUGACUGAGGCAUAAGUUAGGCCAGUCAUAUAGAUAUAGUGUCUCAAGCAUCAUGUGCAGAUUUUGAGACUUGUUUCCAAACUGAGUACAAACUAAGUGGCAUAGCUCAGGGCUGGGCACAGUGUGGAUCUCCAGCUGUUGUGGAACCACAACCCCCAUGAGGCUUAGUAAGAUUUAACAAAAAUAUUACCGCAGGAGGGAGACAAAAAUAAUGCAAAUGAUGCACUGAUCUGAGAGUUAAGUACUUCAUUAUGUCCAUGUCAGAUCAGCUGUGGGUGUAUAUUCCCAGAACAGGGGGCAAUUACAAGGAACCUCCC